AUGUCGACAUUGUCUCUUCCCAAUGACGCCUCAGCAACAGUGGACUGGCCUGGUCGCUAUUAUCAUAUUGAUCAGAUCCUCAACACUCCAGGCCCUCGUACCGACCCCGCUUUCCUGGCUGGCGACGGGGUCAAGGGUUUCCUUCGAAAUGAGGCAAAGAUCCUGGUUAUCGGCGCUGGCGGUCUCGGUUGCGAGAUUCUAGCCAACCUCGCUUUGACUGGAUUCAAAGACAUCCACGUUAUAGACAUGGACACGAUCGACAUCAGCAACCUCAAUCGUCAAUUCUUGUUCAGGCCUAAGGAUGUUGGUCAACCCAAAGCCACGGUGGCGGCCGAAUUUAUUAUGAAACGCGUCCCAGGAGUCAAAGUCACUCCCUAUUUUGGAAAAAUUCAGGAUAAAGAUGAUGAUUAUUACAUGCAAUUCAACCUCGUCAUCUGCGGUCUCGAUUCUGUAGAAGCCAGGCGCUGGAUGAAUGCAACGCUGGUCAAUCUAGUUGAUCCAGAGAACCCAGAGAGUCUCAAGCCAAUGAUUGAUGGAGGAACCGAGGGAUUCAAGGGUCAAGCACGCGUCAUCCUCCCAACUAUCACAUCUUGUUAUGAAUGCUCCCUUGACAUGCUCAACAAGCCUACCGCUUUUCCUAUCUGCACGAUCGCAAAUACACCUCGUCUCCCAGAGCAUUGCAUCGAAUGGGCAUCAGUUCUGGAAUGGCCCCGGGUCCAUGGAGAUAAGAAGAUGGACACGGAUGAUCCGGAGCACAUUGGAUGGCUUUACAAGGUAGCGGCAGCUCGGGCACAGGAUUUCAAGAUUGAGGGCGUUACGUGGUCACUCACACAAGGAGUGGUGAAGAACAUCAUUCCGGCCAUAGCCUCAACAAACGCUAUCAUUGCAGCGGCCUGUUGUAACGAAGCCUUCAAGAUUGCAACGAGUUCGGCUGCCUAUCUAAAUAAUUAUUUCAUGCUCAUUGGAACGGACGGAGUGUAUUCAUACACUUUUGAGCACGAGCGACGUCUUGAUUGCCCCGUCUGCGGCGGUGAAGCCCUAGAAAUCGUCAUUGCACCCGAUUUUACAGUCGAGCAGAUGAUUGAAAUGUUGGUAGAGAAACAGGACAUUCAAAUUAAAAAACCAUCCCUGUCGACGCCAACAAAACAAAUAUACCUGCAGGCCCCACCACAGCUCGAAGAAGCUACACGGCCAAACCUUGAAAAGAAAGUUUCAGAACUCGUGCCUCCCGGAGGAGAGAUCACAGUCACCGCGUCAACCCUACCUUUUAGCCUGUCGCUCCGUGUUACAUACUCUCUAUAA